AUGACCGGCAAGCUCGGGGCCGUUUUCUGCCACCCUGGUCGCUCACCACCGGGAAUAGAAUCGGCAUCAAGAACCGCUGCCAACAAAGAACAUGGCUUCCAACUUUACAACCAGAAACUUACCCUUAUCUACCCUUUCAUAUCAUUCACGACUCGCUUUGCAAUGGAGUAUCAGCACCAACUGGUCACCGUCCCUGAGAACUCCAUAGUGAGAACUUGGCAACAGCCAGCGCCUGUGCAGCAGCAAUCGUCACACCCGGCUUGCUUUGUGUCUCGACUGGCAGGGGAGCUUCUCCUUUCGCGUACUGAUAACAUGAAUUUACGUCAUAUGAGUACUCAGUUACAACAGGAUGUUGGUAGUUGGCGGCAAGAGUAUGAAAAACUUCUUGUGGAGUACUGGAAGAUAUCCGAACACAACGCUGCUCUUUUGGGUCAGGUUUCACGGCUGAAAGAGCAACUCCGGGCGACUAGAUCUAAACGAGGCAACAACAGAGGUCGUCGCGACGACGGCAUUGUCUCGAUGCCCAUUCCGGCAGGAAGCAGUGAUAUCGAUGGUUCGAAUGAGCAGGAAGCUGUUGGUGAUCAGUGA